AAAGUCAUCACUACCUCUCUUGCUGCUCCACGUUGACUUCAUUCAAGCACAUGGUCCACUCUUUCCACAUCGUCUCUGAAAACAGAUUAGUAGCUGGGAAGAAAUAAAGAUGAGACUCCGAUAAAACUCCAGGCUUGAGGUGAACUGACCUCCCCAUACUCCUCCUCCUCAUCACUGCACUACUUCUCCCUUCCUCUUGAGUUCUUCUCCUCUUUACCCGACCCAAGCUCAUCAUGGAGGACUCUGGCUCCACCAGCUCCAUGCGUCUGAAGCAGGAGAUCUCCUUGCUGCAUGGUGUCUGCCUCAUCGUGGGGAACAUGAUUGGCUCGGGCAUCUUUGUGUCCCCCAUCGGUGUUCUACAGAACACAGGAUCUUAUGGUCUGUCGCUGGUGGUUUGGAUUAUUGGAGGGAUCUUCUCUGUGUUUGGUGCCCUGUGCUAUGCUGAGUUGGGCACAACCAUCCGCAAGUCAGGAGCUAGUUAUGCCUACAUCCUGGAGUCCUUUGGUGGCUUCCUGGCCUUUAUUCGUCUGUGGACGUCCCUUAUGAUUGUGGAACCGGCCUGCCAGGCGGUCAUUGCACUCACAUUCUCUAAUUACUUAGUAAAACCCUUUUUCCCAACCUGCCCAGCACCAAAUGAAGCAGUACGGAUCUCUGCAGCUCUCAUUAUAGGUCUUCUGACGUUUGUGAAUUGUAUGAAAGUGAAGUGGGGAGCUAUUCUUCAGGUCAUCUCAACUGUGGCUAAAGUUCUGGCUCUCAUAGUCAUCAUUAUCGCUGGAAUGAUAGUGCUGGCCCAAGGGAAGACAAACAACUUCAAGGAUCCAUUUGAGAACUCUAAGCUGAAUGCAGGAGACAUGGCUCUGGCUCUAUAUGCUGCUCUAUACUCUUACUCUGGCUGGGACACACUGAACUUCGUCACCGAGGAGAUUAAAAACCCAGAGAGGAACCUGCCACUGUCAAUAGCAAUCUCCAUGCCCAUUGUUACAGUAAUCUACAUCCUGACUAAUAUUGCCUACUACGCCGUGUUGGACAUGAAUACACUGCUGCAGAGUGAAGCCGUGGCUGUGACGUUUGCAGACUAUGUACUGGGUUAUGCAAGCUGGCUCAUCCCGCUGUCUGUGGCCAUCUCCUGUUAUGGAGGUUUAAACUCCUCCAUCAUAGCUGCCUCCAGGUUGUUCUUUGUGGGGUCACGUGAGGGUCAUUUACCCAACAUCCUUUGCAUGAUUCAUGUCAAGCGCUACACACCAAUCCCAGCCCUGCUCUUUAACGGUGGCAUGUCUCUUAUAUUUCUGUGUGUGAAAGAUGUGUUCCAGCUCAUUAAUUACUUCAGUUUUAAUUACUGGCUGUUCAUUGGCCUUUCCAUUGGCAGUCAGAUCUACCUGCGUAUUAAAUCACCUGAGCUGCCACGUCCCGUUAAGCUGAGUCUGUUCUUCCCUAUAGUGUACUGUCUAUGCACUGUGUUUCUGGUGGUUGUACCGCUUUACAGUGACACCAUAAACUCUCUGGUGGGAAUAAUGGUUGCUCUCUCCGGGGCUCCUGUGUAUUAUAUAUGUGUGCACCUCCCACCUAGCGCCAGACCUGCCUUUCUGGGACACAUGCUCGAUACGCUUUCGUUGCACACACAGAAGCUGUGUUUUUGCUGCAUAGCAGAUCCUGGUUUGGACCUGGACAAUCUGCCUGAGCUGGACAAAAAGGAAUAAACACUGCACCCAAAGAAAGCUGGAUUACAAAGAUUUCUAUGAAAAUAAGCCAAAACUCAAGGCAGAACCUCACGUCUGCACUUUCCAGUCCAAGCGUGCAUGAAAUUAUGAAACGAAUAUAGAAGGAGAUUAUUAGGAUUGAAAUACUCAACCAGGUAAACAACUGAACGCACAAACACACAAUAAAGGCAGUCAAUCCCCAGACCUGUGUCUGGGUCCUGUAGGAAACAGUGGACGUUCAAUGCAGUGGAGCAAACAGAGACCAACUUAAUUCAGCAUUUUGAUAUAGAUAAAGGUUAUUGUGAAUGUGACUAUAGUGUUUUCUUGAAAUCAGGUUCAACACAAAAAGCCUUCACUUCUGGUUAGUAGUCAUGUAUUAGGCCCCCUUCUGGGGAUCACAUUUUGUUAGGCCUGGUAACUGGAAUAUUGCAGCUGAAGAGAUGGACAUGUUCCGUUAAUAAGAUCCAACUGCUGCGUGUUUUUUUUAUUUAUUUAUUUUUUUAUUUACUCUUUCCGAUUGUGUGCUUGCUUGGAGAGAUUAAGUAUUGGUACACCACUUCAAAUGUGAGUGUUGUUUUAAAGUUGGCUUUUAGUUUUAGUAGCUUGUAUACUUCCAUUUGAACAGGAUGUUUUUUUGUUCUGUCCAUUUUAAUUACAAUAUGUUUUAUGCUGGACCAUUUUUCUUCGCCCCCAAAAUAACAUGAAGGUACAGUCUUUAAUUGCAGGUAUGGGAAGCACUGUCACUCAUAUGAGAGCACUGUCACUCUUUCAGGUGUUAAAAUAUAAAUGUUGGGUGAACCUUAUAGGUACACUAAUGGAUAUAAACAGCAUUUAAAAAAAGAGCAGAGACAAUAUCUAAAACAUGGAAAUCUCAAAGUUGAAGAUGCUUCCUAAAUAGGUUUUAUUUUAUAUAAUGCAUUGUUGUUAUGUUAUUAGAUUUAAUAGACUGUCACAGUUAUAUUAAAUGUAUGCACGGGCUAUGUUUGUUUGGUUUUUUCACCUUGCACAAACAUCACUUUAUAACCGCUUGGCAGUUGUGUCAUUCGCUAUUGUUGCCCUCUCAAUUUUUUAUGGACUCAUUAGAAUACACCGAAGAAUCAUAGGAACACCUCUAAGUAUGAAGUCUAAUAGCAGAUCUUGCUCUAUAGCAGUACCUCCUGCCAUUGCUUUCUUAUAGAUUUUGAUUACACAGUUUAUCAUUCUGUCCAACAGAGUGACCAAAGUCAUCUUUUAAUCCGACAGGGAUGUGUCCAGCCCUGUUUAUCGUUCAUCAGGUUCAUUGCUAAAUCACCAGAUUAUGAUUACGAAUUGUAUACAGUAGGCUUUGAUUGUCUUUACUUUUUGUUUUCUGCUGGGAGAAAUAUUCCAUCUAGUUAACCUUGUAUGUACUGUAUUGUUUUUAUAUGUGCCAUAAAGGAAUGGUUCACCCAAAAAUGAAAAUGCUCUCAUCAUUUACCCACCCUCAUACCACCCCAGAUAUGUAUGACUUUAUUUCUUCUACUGAACACAAAGAUUUUUAGAAGAAUAUCUCAGCUCGGUUGUUCCACACAAUGCAAGUAAAUGGUGACCAGAAAUGUAAAGGUCCAAAAAUCACAUAAACUCUGCAUAAAAGUAAUCCAUAAGACUCUAGUAGUUAAAUCCAUAUCUUCUGAAGUGAUAUGACAGGUGUGGGUGAAAAACUGAUCAAUUUUGAAGUCCUUUUUUACUAUAAUUCUCCACUUUCACAUUUUGAGGUGCAGAUGAAAGGAAGUCAUACACACCUGGGAUUGGAUGAGGGUGAGUAAAUGAUGAAAGAAUUUUCAUUUUUUGGAUAAACUAUUCCUUCAAGCAAAUUACAUUUGUAUCGCUAGUUGGAUCAAUAUUUUGUGCAGAAUAUUCACAUUCAUCUGUCGAGCAUUGUUGGAGACCUACACUUUUAAAAAUGUUAAAAAAUUGUGGCAGCUCAUUUGUUAUUUUAUUUAUCUUACAGAUACAGAACUGAACACAACAAAUAAUAAACUCAUU